CUCAAAAUUUUCUGACUUUACCUUUUACUUCUCCAUCUCUCAUUAUAUAAAAUGACCAUUGGUGUUCCCAUCAAACUCCUGCAUGAAGCACAAGGCCACAUUAUCUCUUUGGAGUUGAAAACAGGUCAACUUUACCGUGGAAAGUUAUUAGAAGCUGAAGAUAAUAUGAACAUCCAGUUAAAAGAUAUUACUGUUACUGCACGUGAUGGAAGAGUAUCGCAACUAGACCAAGUAUACAUUCGAGGAUCUCACGUUCGAUUUUUCAUUGUGCCCGACAUGUUAAAGAACGCGCCCAUGUUUAAGGGAGCUGGUCCUGGAGGUUUGAAGGGAAGAGGUAUCGGUUUGGGCAGAGGAAGAGCUACAGUUGCCCGUGCUCAACAAGCAAGAGGAAGAGGUAUGCGUGGUGCAUUCAGAGGACGUCCUGCUCCACCUAGAUAUUAGUGACAACUUAACAUCUUUUUCAUGUAAAGAAAUAAAACUUGCAUUUGUGUAUACAGA